AUGAGUUCUAACAAAUUUAACGAAAAAAAAAGAUAUUUUAAUAUGUAUGGGGAUACCCCAAAUUCCACAAACGUCAACUCCACAAAUGUCAAUUCCACAAACGUCAAUUCAACAAACGUCAACUCCACAAACGUCAAUUCAACAAACGUCAAUUCAACAAACGUCAAUUUUCAAGCACCUCCACCCCCUCCAGAUUUACAACAUAAUAAUUUUUCCUAUAUCCCUCAAAACCCUUUUGAUAAAAAAGCAGGAUAUAUUUCCAAUAAGAAUUACCCUAAAAUGGUAAAUACGAAUGAGUAUAAUUAUAAAAAUAAUAGCAAUAAUAAUAGCUAUAGCAAUAAUAAUAGCUAUAACAAUAACAACUAUAACAAUAAAAGAUUUAUGAAAAAAAAAAAAAAUUAUCAUAAAUUUUCAAAAAAUUCAAAUAAUGAAUGUUUUAAUCUUAAGGAAGCAUUAGUAAAUCCAUGGCUCCAUUUAUAUCCAAAAUAUCCAAACUUUAAUUUUGUUUAA